UUGUCACGGCCCUGUCUCACCGCUCUUAAAAGGCCACUCCUGGCUCCAGUUGCCGACCAGCCUGCCCACUUGCCUCCCGGCCUGCCUGCCGGCUGCCUCGGAUGCCUGCCUCUUCCAGUUCCGUGGGGGUCUAACAAGGCAGGACCAUGUCUACCUUUGGCUACAGGAGAGGACUUAGCAAAUAUGAAUCCAUCGACGAGGAUGAACUUCUGGCUUCCCUGUCAGCUGAGGAGCUGAAGGAGCUAGAGAGGGAGCUGGAAGACAUUGAACCCGAUCACAGCCUGCCCGUGGGGCUAAGGCAAAAGAGUCUGACCGAGAAAACCCCCACGGGGACGUUCAGCAGAGAGGCACUGAUGGCCUAUUGGGAAAAGGAGUCCCAAAAACUCCUGGAGAAGGAGAGGCUGGGGGAGUGUGGAAAGGUGGCCGAGGAAGAGGACAAAGAUGAGAGCGAGGAGGAGCUGAUGUUCACGGAGACGAACAGCGAGGUUUCCGAGGAGGCGUACACCGAGGAGGAGGAGGACGAGGAGGACGAGGAGGACGAGGAGGACGAGGAGCGCGAGGAGCGCGAGGAGCGCGAGGAGCGCGAGCACGCGGCGGAGCGGGGAACAGCGGGAAACGGAAGCGGCGGUCCUGACAGCGCCGCGCCGCAGACGUUUCGAAGCCAAAUAGAGGACGUCCAUCUGACCAACGGCCACGGUGGGAGGAACGCGGAGCCCCCGGCUGCCGCUCACCCCUGCGGGAACCCCACGGCCAUCGAGGAGACCCUGGAGAAGAUCAGGAGCAACGACCCCGACACCACGGAGGUCAACCUGAACAACAUCGAGAACAUCGCGCCGCAGACCCUCGCCCGCUUCGCCGCCGCGCUCGCGGCCAACACGGCGGUGAGGACCUUCAGCCUCGCCAACACGCGCGCCGACGACAGCGCCGCCGCCGCCAUCGCCGAGAUGCUCCGCGUCAACCGGCACAUCACCAGCGUCAACGUGGAGUCCAACUUCCUCACGGGCAAGGGCGUCCUGGCCCUCAUGAGGGCCCUGCAGCACAACACGGUGCUCACCGAGCUGCGCUUCCACAACCAGCGCCACCUCAUGGGCAGCCAGGUGGAGAUGGAGAUCGUCAAGCUGCUCAGGGACAACACCACGCUGCUGAGGCUGGGCUACCACUUCGAGCUCCCGGGACCAAGAAUGAGCAUGACGAGCCUCCUCACGAGAAAUAUGGAUAAACAGAGGCAGAAACGGAGGCAGGAGCAAAAACAGCAAGAGGGCUGCGACGGGGGAGCCAACCUGAGGACCAAAGUCUGGCAAAGGGGAACCCCUGGCUCCUCGCCCUAUGCGUCUCCCAGGGACUCUCCCUGGUCAUCCCCCAAACUGCCCGCGAAAGGCCACUCGGCGGCGGCGGCGGCGAGGCGGCCUGCGUCCCCCGCGGCGCCCCCCGCGCCCCCGCCGCCGCCCCCGCAGAAGCUGCCGCCGCCGCCGCCCCCGCCCCCGCCGCCGCCGCCCCCGCCGCCCCCGGAGAAGAAACUGAUCACGCGAAACAUCGCAGAAGUCAUCAGACAACAGGAGAGCGCCCAGCGGGCGUUACAGAAUGGACAGAAAAAGAAAAAAGGGAAGAAGGUUAAGAAGCAACCAAACAAUAUCCUAAAGGAGAUCAAAAAUUCCCUGAGGUCAGUGCAAGAAAAGAAAGCGGAAGAGAGUUCCCGCCCUUCUACGCCCCUGAGGUCAGCUCACGAGAACCUCAUGGAAGCUAUUCGGGGAAGCAGCAUCAAGCAGCUGAGGCGGGUGGAAGUUCCAGAAGCUCUGCGAUAAAAACAUGAUCUUUAGAAGAGGAUGAAGAACCAUUCGGUGGUAUUAAAUAAGAUGCAUUGUGAGAUGUUUCUAUGAUCCCUUCUUCAAUUUGAAAUGUUUCCUGACUUUAAUAAUAGCCUUACCCGUUAAUCCCAAAAAAAAGAAUUUUAAGAAACAAUCGGCAUGUUUCUUCUGUAAAUAUGAAAAUAAACUACUUUUUUUUUAUGUUAUGAGAUUUCUGUUGGCAAAAAGCGGUUUAUUUAAAGAUGCGCUUAUAUCUCUGGAUAUGUUGAUAACUCCGAGCUGUAAUGAGCUAAUGAAAUGUGCUGUUAUUUUUGUAAUCCCAAUAAAUUUGGAUUGAAGUUUU